AUGGCCGAUCCGCUGAGCGUCAGCUCGGCUCUGGUUGCCAUCGUUGCCGCCGCCGCCCAAUCUAGCCAGAUACUAUACCAGACGGUGCAGAGCUUCAGGAACCACCAGCGGGCCAUCAAGCAGCUGCGGGAGGAGCUGGAGGCCCUGGUAGAGGUCCUGGAGUCGCUCCAGAUCCUGGCCGACCGGGAUCCCGCGUCGUUCCAGCCGCUGAGGCUGCCUCUGCUCCAGUGCCACCAGGCAUGUGCCGAGUUCAACGCUCUGAUCCGGUCGUGCGGCAGACAUUCGGGCGGCGGCCGGACCAGCUUCAGGGAUUGGGCGCGCCUGCGGUAUAUGGACGGCGACGUCAUGCACUUCACAAAUAUGCUCGCAGGUUAUAAAUCCACGAUUGCCAUUGCGUUGGCGGAUGCGAACCUACGUUCUACUUCAGUCACUCUGCGAGUUCUAAAUGAGUAUAAGGACAUGAUCCAGAGUACGACGUUAGACCUUGAGGACCACCUUGAGAACAUCAACGAAAAAUUGGAAUCUCUCGCGCUACGAGGGACGGCAGGUUCCGGGGGUGCUCUGACGACCACCACCGACCAACAACGGAUCCAGAACGAAAAGGACAGCACCGAGCAGUGCCUCAUGAUCUGCGAGAAGGUCCUGGCCCACAUCGAUGCCAUGCGGUUACUGCCCGUGAUAGAGGACGAGAACGGCGGCGGCGGCAACGCCGUCAGCGCUGUCUCGCUGCUGCAGCUACAGAAAGCACAUGUCAUGACGCUAUCGGCACUGAACGAAUGCAGCGACAAGCUCAACGACACGGUAUCGGACCUGAAGGCGCACCGGCAAGCCGCACAGGAGCGGCAGCAGCAGCAACGGCGGGCGCGGCUCGCGCUGCCGGGCGAGCCUGUGGACGCCGCGGAGGCGGCGCAGCGGCUGGUCAGCGAGCGGCAGAGCGUCGAGCAGUGCCUGGCGAUCUGCACCUCGGCGUCGCAGCAGGCGGCGUCGCCGCGCGUGCACGUGCUGGAGGACGUGAGCAUGGGCCACGACGGGCAGCAGGUCUUCGUGUCGACGCUGGGCGACCUCUUCAGCCUCAAGAACGUGUCGGCCGGCGACGGGGCGAUCCAGUUCGUGGGCUCCGUGUCCGACACCACGCUGCAGCAUUACUUCCAGUAUCAACAGCAGAGGUGA